AUGAGAGAUUACGAGAAACAGGUCGAUAGCGAUGACGCUAUCUCGCGUCACACGGCUGAGUACAAUUUGCUGGUGGUGAUGUCGAACCCUCAGCUCAAGAGCCAGACUGGCGAAGACCAGAAGUUGAGAAAGGCCUUGGAGGCAAGACACUUGUCGAUGAUUGCAAUUGGUGGUGCGCUUGGAACCGGUUUGUUGGUUGGUACCGGUACGGCGUUGAGAACGGCGGGGCCAGCGGCCAUUUUCAUCACUUACUCGUUGAUUGGGUUUGUUGUUUUCAUGGUGUUGAGUGCCUUGGGUGAGGUUGCAACCUUCAUUCCUUUGGCUGAUGGUUUUGCUGGUUACUGUAGGAGAUACGUUGACGAGGCGCUUGGUUUUGCAUGUGGAUGGGUCUACUUGUUCAAGUACAUUUUGCUUCCGCCCAACCAGUUGGUCGCUGGUGCGUUGGUGAUGCAGUUUUGGAUCAGCAAAGAUAGAGUGAACCCUGGUGUGUGGAUUGCCGUGUUUUUGGUGAUCAUUACAGCGGUCAACAUUCUCGGUGUGCGGUUUUUCGGUGAAAUUGAAUUUUGGCUCUCGAGUGUUAAAGUCAUCACAUGUCUUGGUCUCAUCAUUUUGAUGCUUUGUAUCGCUUUGGGCGGCGGUCCAACACACGACAGACUUGGUUUUAGGUACUGGAAAGACCCUGGUGCGUUCAAGGAAUACACUGAAUCGUCCAGAGACUUGUACAUUGGCGGUGCUACUGGCCGUUUUGUUGCCUUUGUUGCUGUGCUUGUCACAACUAUUUUCGCCUACACCGGUUCCGAAUUGGUCGGUAUCACUUUUGCCGAGUGUGCCAGACCAAGAAGGGCCAUCCCCAAAGCAAUCAAGUUGACUUUCUACCGUAUUGUCGUUUUCUACAUUUGCUCGGUAUUGCUUUUGGGUAUGUGCGUUUCUUCAAGUGACCCAAGACUUUUGGGGGCCAGCGGCAACACUGCUUCUGCUUCUCCUUUCGUCAUUGCCAUCACAAACGCUAAAAUCAAGGGCUUGGACCAUGUCAUCAAUGCCUGUAUUUUGAUUUUCGUUUUGUCUGCUGCAAACUCCGACAUGUACAUUUGCUCGAGAACGAUUUACGGUCUUGCUGUGGCCGGUUACGCCCCUCACUUCUUCUCCAAGACCAACAAGAAGGGUGUGCCUUUGUACGGUAUUGCCCUUUGCUUCGCCUUCUGUUUGUUGGGUUUCAUGACAACGUCCUCGUCUGCUGCGGAGAUUUUCCAACACUUCGUCAACGUGGUAUCCCUCACCGGUUUGAUCACCUGGACCUGUAUUCUUUUCCUCCACAUGCGUUUCAUGAAGGCCUUGAAGGCCCAGGGAUACAAGAGAAAGACCGACUUGGUGUUCCGCUCGCCAUUCCAGCCGUUCGGAACCUACUUUGCUUUCUGUGUGUGCUGCUUCCUUAUCCUUGCUAAGAACUUCACAGUGUUUUUGGGUAAGGACUUCCCAUACAAGACAUUCAUCACAGGUUACAUCGUUCUCCCUGUGUUCAUCUUCUUGUACUUUUUCUGGAAGUUCUACAAGAAGACCAGAUUAAUCCCACCUGCGGAAGUCGACUUGGAUACCUUCAGAGACGUGGUUGACUAUGAGGAGGAGCAGUUCCAGGCAAAGGAUGAGGAGGAGAAGGCUAUCAGAGAAGCUCAGGGCAAUCCUAAAGACUUGAAAUGGUUCUACCAUAAGAUCUUCGGCUGGAUCUUCUAA